UUGUGUUUAUUGUUAACUUGACACCCGUGCGGAGCAGGACCUCCGAAGAACAAACGGAGCGUGAACCGGGCUCGGAUAAUUCCUCGGGUCCGUUUUCUUUCAGUUUUAGGUUUUGACAUUUGUUUUAGUUGCGGCUCAUCUGUUCGCUUCGUCUGGACCGAAUAAACUCCUGAACUGACGCAAACAUGGAGAUAGAGAAGGAAGUAAAGAAGAUGACCCUCGGGCACGAGUUUGGAGCUGGAGCGGCCUGUUUGAAAUGCAAGGACAAGUGCGAAGGCUUCGAGCUUCAUUUCUGGAGAAAGAUCUGCCGGAACUGUAAAUGUGGCCUCUCGGAGCACAACGUGCAGAUGAACUCGGAGGAGAACAAGAAGGUAGGCAAGCUGUUCGAGGACACCAAGUACACCGGCCUCAUCGCCAAGCUGAAGACGGACGGCAUCCCCAGCUACAAGGGCAACAUGGUGACCAUCACUCUGCCCAGCUCUGGUACCGCUUACGUCGUGCCGCCGAGUGCUUCGUCCACUGUGGUGCGCCCCUCUGCCACGGCCGGUUCUGUGCAGCCUGCCGGAGCCGCUGCAGGUUCGGCACCCGGCUCCGCUCCGGCUCCGGCUGCACCGGCCGGCCUCACGCCUGUCAAGGCUAACAAAGUGCUGCUCCCUCUCUCCGCCACGUCAGCCAAUUUGAUACCAGUCUCCAAAGAUGUGCCGAUGAAGUCUGUCACCUAUGAGUGGGCACCACCAGUAGCCAAUAAGUACCUGGCGGUGCGUUACAUUGAGCUGCUCCCACCAGAGAAACGUCCGGUGGCCGGUACAGAGGGAGCUGCUUACCGUAGGCAGCAGAUGGCCCGCCAGCUGCCGGAGCACGACCAGGACCCGUCCAUGUGCCACGAGCUGAGCCCCGCCGAGGUCAAGCAAAUGGAACAGUUCGUCCGCAAGUACAAGGAUGAGGCCCUGGGGGUCGGAGAUGUUAUACUGCCUGAAGAGAUGGCUCUGGUUCAAGCAGGAGGGCAGGGAGGAGCUAGUGUUGGGGCUGGAGGUGUACCUGGUGCUGGAGGGGCUGGCAUUGGACCUGGGGGAGCCAGGGUUGGCGCCGCUGCUGCUGCUGGUGGUGCUGCUGGUCCGGGGCUAGGGGCUGCAGGCGCUGGUGUCGGGCCUAUGGCGGGGACUGGAGUCGGUGUUGGCUCUGGACCUGGAGCAGGAGGUAGAGGAGCUGGAGCUGCUGGAGCACUUUCAGGGCCCGGCACCGGACAGUCUGCUGGCUUUGGACCCGCUGGAGGAGCCAUGGGUACUUCUGCCACUGCCGGCGCUAUAGGCGUCCCUGGAGCUCAGCCAGCCGGACUUCCACAACAGGCCUUUUCGUGCCAUCACUGCCAGCAGCCGAUGCGUGUGGGCGAGCCAGCUGUGUAUGCGGAGCGGGCCGGCUACGACAAGAUGUGGCACCCAGCGUGCUUCGUGUGUUGCACCUGCAGCGAACUGCUGGUGGACAUGAUCUACUUCUGGAAGAAAGGGAAGCUGUACUGUGGACGCCACUACGGAGACAGCGAGAAGCCGCGCUGCGGAGGCUGUGAUGAGUUGAUCUUCAGUAAUGAGUACACUCAGGCUGAGGGCCAGAACUGGCAUCUGAAGCACUUCUGCUGUUUUGACUGUGACUGCAUCCUCGCCGGAGAGACGUAUGUGAUGGAGAACGACAAGCCGGUGUGCCAGCCGUGCUACAUGAAGAGCUACGCUGUGAAAUGCGCAGCCUGCCAAACUCUGGUCGAGCCCGAGGCCCAGCGGGUUUCCUACGGCGACUUCCACUGGCACGCCGAGCCGCAGUGCUUCAAGUGCUCCGGCUGCUCCAAGUGCCUGAUCGGCCAGCGCUUCAUGGCCGUGCAGAACUGCCUCUUCUGCUCCGUGGAGUGCAAGAAGAAGAUCGUGGCUUAGCGGGCCCAAAGCAACUCCCUCCGUCUUCUCCACAACCGGGAGGAGGUUCGGCUCAGGCUAGAACCAGAGCGGGGACAACAAACAGUGGUGCAGCUGCGCCUGGGAAGAGAUGGACUGUGCUUGUGCAAUAACAGUGCGUGCGUUUGUAUUUGGGUGCUCUUAUCUUUCUGUCCAUGGAACAUCACAGUAUUGAUAAACUUCUACCUUCCAGUUUGUUAUCUGCCUUAAAAUCAUCGUCUUCUUUCAACAAGUACGUUUAUUUUGUUGCUUUUCUUGCACUGUGUGUUCUUACUGAUGAGAUUAAUUGUGUAUAGGUCAGAGGUUAAACCUGUGUCUUUAAAUGUAUUGGUGCUGUUCUACACAAACUACUGAUGCUCACUGUCCUCCUGUCCUGCAGCAAUAUGAUGAACAUUAUGAUAUACAGGUUUGGGGUGGCUUUGCUUCCAGUGCACUGUAUUGAAGAUCAAACUGAAAUAAAAUAAUAAUAAUAUUGACAAACUUGUAGUCUGCAGCAGAUUUGAAGUUUUUUGAGAAUGAGAUUUUGAAGUAAAUCACCCCAACUCUGAUAA